UCCACCAGCGUCAUUUUCUUUUUUUAGUUGACAUUGUACGGGCCUGUAACGGCCAACCCUUAUCGUGAAAGAGACCUCCAAUCCGCCUCUAUAUAUUGUAUCUCCGUGGUUAUAGAAGUCGAACCUGCAAUAUGAUCCGUAGACAAACUCGAAUGCGGAGGGAGUACCUGUACCGUAAAGCUCUGGAAACGAAAGAUCGGCAAAUAUAUGAGCGUAAACAAGAGCUACGAGAGGCUUUGGAGUCGGGGAAGCCAUUAUCAGGGUCUUUACGACAGGAAGCUGAAGAGUUGAGGAAAGAACUGCAGUAUGACGAGAACCAGAAUGUGCCUACAAACCACAUCGAUGACGAGUAUGCCCAGGCCGGCGUCCACGAUCCCAAAAUUCUUAUUACAACUUCCCGCGACCCAAGCAGUCGUCUGCAACAGUUUGCAAAGGAAAUGCGCCUAAUGUUUCCGAAUUCGCAACGAAUCAAUCGUGGUAAUUACGUACUGAAAGAAAUUGUUGACGCCUGUCGCAGCAAUGACGCUACGGAUCUCAUCAUUCUGCAUGAGCACAGGGGCCAACCAGAUGGUAUGGUGGUGUGCCACUUUCCAUAUGGUCCAACCGCUUUCUUUACCCUUCACAACGUCGUCUUGCGCCAUGAUAUCGCGGACAGGGGCACAGUGUCCGAACAGUAUCCACAUUUAAUAUUUCACAACUUCAACUCGAAGCUGGGAAAUCGGGCGCAAAACAUCUUGAAAUAUCUAUUCCCAGUCCCGAAGGAGGACAGCAAGCGUGUAAUGACUUUUGCGAAUGAGAGCGACUUUAUAUCAUUCAGACAUCAUGUCUACCAUAAAAUCGGGAACGAAGUCCAAUUGGCUGAGGUUGGACCUCGUUUUGAGAUGCGAUUAUACGAAAUCAAGCUGGGAACAGUGGAUAUCACGGAGGCAGACACCGAAUGGGUGUUUAGACCAUAUCAACGCACCGCGAAGAAGCGCGAUUUCUUGUAAAUAGGCAACUAUGUAGUCUUUUGUAAUUUAUGCAUUUUAGAUCUUUCGUUAGUAUUGAAUAUUCAUCCCUUGCACAUCGACGA